AUGGACGGAAAGCGGGACGACGACGGCGGGGCUGUAGAGUAUAGCGAAGACCUCCGUGACGGGGAUGGCGAUCCCGGGGAGGACGGGUACGACGAUGACGGGUCUGGCGAGCCUUUCGAGCCGGAAAUUGUGGGAGUUCCGACGUAUGACGGGGCGUACACGCAGUAUAACAUUUACGGAAAUAUGUUCGAGGUUACUGCAAAGUAUGUGCCGCCUAUUCGGCCAAUCGGACGUGGAGCCUACGGAAUUGUGUGUUCGGCCAUCAACUCGGAGACUCAGGAGGAGGUGGCGAUCAAGAAGAUCGCCAAUGCCUUCGACAACCGGAUCGACGCCAAGAGAACGCUUAGGGAAAUCAAGCUGCUGCGACACAUGGACCACGAGAACGUGGUGGCUAUCAGGGACAUCAUCCCUCCUCCAGCGCGUGACACAUUCAAUGAUGUCUACAUCGUGUAUGAGCUCAUGGACACAGACCUGCACCAGAUCAUCCGGUCUAACCAGCAACUGACUGAGGAUCACUGCCAGUACUUCCUCUACCAGCUACUGAGGGGCCUCAAGUACGUGCACAGCGCCAAGGUGCUUCACCGCGACCUCAAGCCCUCCAACCUGCUGCUCAACGCCAACUGCGACCUCAAGAUCUGUGACUUUGGGCUCGCCAGAUCGGCAGAGGAGAGUGACUACAUGACAGAGUAUGUGGUAACCAGAUGGUACCGUGCCCCAGAGCUGCUGCUCAACAGCAAGGCGUACACGGCAGCCAUCGACCUGUGGUCCGUGGGAUGCAUCUUCAUGGAGCUGCUGAAUCGCGAGCCGCUGUUCCCCGGCAAGGACUAUGUGGACCAGCUGCGCCUCAUCACCUCCAUCAUCGGGUCUCCAGACGAUUCAGACAUCUCGUUCCUCGAGAGUGACAACGCGCGCCGCUACGUGCGCUCGCUGCCCUUUGUGCGCAAGCAGCCCCUCGCCGCGCGCUUCCCCAACAUGGCGCCCCUUGCUCUGGAUCUGAUGGAGCGGAUGCUGCUCUUCGACCCCGCCAAGCGCAUCACAGCGCAAGCAGCCCCUCACCGCUUGCUUCCCCAGCAUGGCUCCUCUCUCUGGAUCUCAUGGAACGGAUGCUGCUGUUUGAUCCCGCCAAGCGCAUCACAGCCCCUCGCAUUGCACUACCCCAACAUGGCUCCCCUGGCAUUGGACCUGAUGGAACGGAUGCUGCUGUUUGAUCCUGCCAAUUUGAGAAACGCAUAUUUACCCACCUGUGGUGCGGGAACAACCCAGUGUGCCAUGCAUCCUUCUCUACUCCCCCCUACCCGAUAUCUUGCCCUCACUCUUCUCCCUCCCCAUUCUUCCCCAUCUGCCCAUUCUUCCCCAUCUGCCCAUUCUUCCCCAUCUGCCCAUUCAUCUCCAACCGAGGAGGGUCUAGGCCUCUUCUACCUGGCAAGUCUGCAUGACAUCAGCGUCGAGGCAGUGUGCCAUGCGCCCUUCUCUAUCCCCCUCUACCCCACUUCUCGCUGUCGCUCUUCUCAUUCCCCAUUUCUUUCCCAUCGCUCCCAUGCACUUCCCGUGGAGGAGAGUCUAGACCAUCCCUACUUGGCGAGUCUGCAUGACACCAGCAACAAGGCAGUGCGCCAUGCGCCCUUCUCUCUUCCGUUCACUAUCCCAACCUCUCCCUCACUUUCGCAUCUGGUCCCUAUUCUUCCUCAUCUGCCUCAUUCACCUCCAGAGAGUCUAGACCAUUCGUACCUGGCGAGUCUGCACGACAUCAGCGAUGAGCCGGUGUGCCAUGCUCCCUUCUCUCCCCUUCACUAA